CCAAAUCUCAAAAUCACUUUUUCUCGAUGACGAUGAACUUGGAGCAAGCAGCAGCAAAGAAACCGAGAACAACGAAUCGUAAAGGAAAAAGAAAAGUAGACGAAAACACAUAUUUGAUCGUGAAGAUAGGAAGAUUCACAAUCGAUGACAACACUCUUUUGAAUCCUUACUAUGGCACUAAGAACUUUAGAGCUGUGGUAUAUACAGACCUCGAAGAUCAAUACCCAACACGAGUGUUAAGGGUUUAUCAUGGCGACAAGUUGAAGUUUAACGAACAGGUAACAAUUCCUAUAGAUUCUCAUGCACGUUAUCUUUACGUAGAAUUGCUUGGUGUAUCGUCCAGGGAAGAUCCUGGAACCUCCCGCGGAAUUGUUGUGAUGGGUCGGGCUAAGAUUCGGUUGCCUCCUCCUCUUUACAGUCGCCAGAUCAACCAUAAAGCCAGCCUCGUCGCUUUGGAUAGUAAUCGAUCUGUUGUGGAAAAGGGAACCCUAGCGAUAUCUAUGAAACUUGAUAGUUACGUAGAAAAGUUAUGAAAAUUCUUCAUCUUAGGUUAGGUCUUGUUUUUUUUUUUUUAAUAAACCUUUGUUGAGAUU